AUGUUAUUAGGAGAGAUCAGUGUUAAGUGCUUGCCGCAUCAAGAAUUCGUCAAAAUAAUUAACCUUGAUGUUGACCUGAGUAAUCCUUUAACUGGUGGCUCUAAAGCCCAAUUUCAAUUUUUGUGUAAAGCCGAUAUACUUCAAUUGGUCUCUUAUUUGGUAAAAAAAGGAAUUUUUACUUUCUAUUUAUUGAAUUCAAAUAAAUCUUAA